UUUUUCCAGAAUUGUUUCUACAAUCACAUUUUUCAUUUUCCCACUAAAUUAUCCAUUUCAUUACAUUCCUUUCUCAACUCGCCGCCAGUCAAACGCUAUCAAAGGCUCGUUGUCGAAGGUUUGCCGCCGCCACCGUCGAUUCUUUGCUGCCGCCGUCGAAGGCUCGCCUCACCGUUGAAGGCUUUUCCGUACUCUGCCGUCGUCGAACUGUCGAAGGCUCUACGACCAUUGUCGAAGGUUCGCUGCCAUUGAAGACUCGUCCCCGUUGAAGGCUCACCGCUAUCGAAGGUUUUUCCGCUCUUUGUCGUCGCGGAACUGUUAAAGGCUCUACCAUUAAGGUGGUGAUGCAUUGGAAUCUCUGGUGCUGCAUUCUUUUGGUAUUGGAUGAAGUUGAUGAAUUCUGUCUUUCAAUUUCAGGGGAAGACAUGCACCGGAUAUUGGAGCAUGUAGGGAGGAGAUCAGACCCAAGUUCAAAUUCAUUAUGCACAUUCUUACUUUAGAUUUAGCUUUGACACUGUUUAGAGUGCUUUUAAUUGUCAGUUAGGUAACUGAUAAUUCUGAUUGUGUAUUUUAGAAGUGUCCAAUACUUUAACAACUGUGCCAAAAUAUUCCAUUAGUUUGAGUUAAAAUAGUCCACUGAACUAAACUAUAAUUAACAAAAAAAGAGUUAACUGAACUCCACUGCACUAUAAGUGACUAAAAAAUAGUUCAGUUCAGUUACUGUGAAUUAUUUUUUAGUUCAGUACAGUUUUCUUGAAGUAGUUUAUAGUUAACUAUAAUCUUUUAUAGUGAAGUACACUAUAAGACAGUUUGCCCACCCCUAAUUCUUAGCAUCUCCACAGCACCGACACAAUCCAAACCCUUAAUUUCCAAUUUUCCACCGUUCCCCGUGCGAACACAGAUGAAUAAAAGCUUCUCGCACUGGUAAGGUUGAUUGUUGUUUCUCCUUUCCAUUGCUGGUUCAACAAACAGCGAUGGCGAGACUCGCUCACCCUCUCAGUAUCUUCACACAAUCCCAUUACUGGCGCCCACUUCUGUGUUGCCACUACUUCAAACGUACCCUAACUGCUAGUACUAACUUCUCCUCCCUCACUACAUUAGCUCGAAGGGAUAAAUCACAAGAGGGAGGAACAACCACAGUUAAGCUUUCAACCAAAGCGAGAAGGAAAGCUUUCUACGAAUCUCCUGAAGGGGUCUUAUUGCGUAAGCUAAACCAAUGCUCACGUGAGGGAGAUGUUGUUCAAGCCCUUUGCCACUAUGAUGAGGCCAGAAAAUUGGGGGUUGUACUCAACCUUGAUCACUAUAACAAAUUGUUAUACUUAUGUUCUAUUGAAAAUGCUGAUGUUGCCCAAAUGGGUCUCAAAAGGGGGUUCGAGAUAUUUCAGCAGAUGUUGAAUGACCGAGUUCAGCCCAAUGAAGCCACCUUUACCAAUGCUGCUAGGCUUGCUGCUGCCAAGGAAGAUCCCGAUAUGGCUUUUGAAUUGCUAAAGCAGAUGAAGAAUGUUGCUAUUGUUCCCAAGCUAAGAUCGUAUGAACCAGCUUUGUUUGGAUUUUGCAAGAGGGGUGAUGCUGAGAAAGCUUAUCUAGUUGAUGCUGACAUGAUUGAGUCUGGUAUUGUGGCUGAAGAGCCUGAGCUUUCUGCUCUUUUGGAAGUCAGUGUCAAAACAAAGAAGGAAGACAGGGUAUAUGAGAUUUUGCAUCGUUUGCGUGCUACUGUGAGACAGGUGUCUGAAUCAACUUCACGGAUAGUUCAGGACUGGUUCAACUCAGAAUAUGCUGCAAAAAUUGGAAAGGAGAAGUGGGAUGUGAAUAAAGUGAGGGAAGGGAUUCUUCAGGGAGGUGGAGGAUGGCAUGGUCAAGGGUGGCUUGGGAGUGGGCGAUGGAAAAUGGUGGAGACUCAGGUGAACGAGGAUGGUGAGUGUCUCUCGUGUGGUGAGAAGCUUGUGAGCAUUGAUAUUGAUCCAAAAGAGACCGAAACCUUUGCUGCCUCAUUAUCUAAAUUAGCUUGCCAAAAAGAAGCCAAGGAAAACUUUGUUCAUUUUCAGAAGUGGCUUGAGCGGCAUGGCCCAUUUGAUGCUGUUGUAGAUGGUGCAAAUGUAGGCCUAUCCAAUGGGCAUAAUUUCAGCUUUUCGAGGCUUAAUACUGUUGUUGAACAAUUACGUCAAAAAAGCCCUUCCAAGAGAUUGCCCCUUGUAAUUUUGCAUGCAAGCCGAGUAUAUGGUGGUCCUGCUCAAAAUCAAAAAAACAGGAGACUCAUAGAAAAUUGGAAAAAAAAUGGUGCUCUUUAUGCUACACCUCAAGGUUCAAAUGAUGACUGGUACUGGUUAUAUGCUGCUGUUAGUUGUAAAUGCUUACUGUUAACAGAUGAUGAGAUGAGGGACCACUUGUUCCAGCUACUUGGUUCUAGUUUUUUCCCGAGAUGGAAGGAAAAACAUCAGGUUCGAGCAUCAAGCUCACCUUCUGGAGUCUCCCUAAUUAUGCCUCCACGUUAUUCUAUAGUUAUUCAGGAAUCGGCCAAUGGUAGCUGGCACGUGCCAACUAUAACUAGUGAUGAUCCUGAGAUCCCAAGGAAAUGGUUGUGUGCCGCAAGAUCCAAAAACAAUUCAUUGCAAAGUGUAUGGACAUCCUCCUCCAAGUCUGACUGAUUGCACAUGAGAGUGGCUCUUCAUCAUCUUCUUGGUUUGUUUUCAGUAUUCAUUCCAGUUUUUUGUCAUCUUGAGUUGCAGUUCCUAGCAGCUGUGAUGAACUUAAGGCAUAAGAUAUAGAGCUGCUACCAAUUUCCCUUCUUUAUUUUGUAAUUUAUAUAUUUUUUCGCCUCAAUUGUUUUUCCUUUAGCUUCAGGCUGCCCAAAAAGGAAGAAAGCUUCUCCAUCCUUUAAAAUAUUUUUAAAUUUUCCUUAAUAGCUGAUAGCCGCCGGUUUUCAUAAAUUCUUGUCGGUGAAGCUGAUUUGUCCCAUGUAUUUUGCUCAAGAUCCUUAGGUCAAGUAGCAUUGAGUUACUUUAGGAACUGAUUCUGUCUAAUACCUACAAUUCAUUGUGCCUCUGUAUACCACCGUAACAACAUAGGAUGACUUCUGCUGAGGUAGCAUAUUUUUUUUUGCCUGAAAAAACUCACUGGUAUAUUUGGUGUUAGUAAUCACUAUUUUCGGUCA